AUGGAGGGAUCCACUACGUUACCCGUUGCGCCGUCCCUUCCUCAAGGACUACAAAGCUUAAAUGAUGACUCCCAAAAAGAGAUAUCUCGAAGUCAAGAAACCCAGCAGCCUUCAUUAGUACCCCAGGGUCUGCCUAUCGCGGCCGAUCCCUAUGCCAGGCUAUAUCACUCCGUCAACAAGGGUGACAUAGAGUUCCAGGGCUUUUCAUCUGACCGAACAUUCAUCCUAGGAAUCAAAAGACAAUUGGGAUUCUGGGAAGACGAUAUGGAGCAAAAAAGACUACUGAAUACUUCGGUGCUAAGUCUUUUCGAUACCUCAAGUGGAAUACCUCCCGUGGAUGCCAGUCUCCCAUCCAGAACCAUGGCAACGAGACUAGUCGAGGCAGCGCUCAAUGGUCAAAUAAUUUUUUCGAUUGUUCACCGUCCCUCUUUCAACUCAUUAUUUAACCUGGUAUACUCCCUUGAGGAAUCUGACUAUAGCACACACGAACGCCGUUUUCUACCACUUCUUUAUGCUGUCAUGGCCUUCGGCAGCCUUUUUGCUGAUCUGGCGGAACUUGAUGAAGAAAAAGAUAUGCUUUCUCUCGGAUAUCAGUAUUACGAAAAGAGCAAACGACUACAGGAUAUUGCAGAUUGCAAGGACUUGAUCUCACUACAAGCCAUUUUCUUCAAAAUCUCAUUUCUCCUUGUCACAUCUCGAGUCUUCACCUGCUAUACCUACACCAGUACGGCACUAUCUAUUGCACUACGGAUGGGGCUUCAUCGUUCAUUCCCAAACCCACCAGACUUGAUAUCCUGCGAAAUAGGAAAGCGCCUAUUUUGGGCAUUAUGGACCCUGGGAAAUGAUGUUGCAGUCACCUGCGGCUUGCCAAUGAUUUUUGAUCGGAGUUCGAUAGACCAGGAUUUACCGAUUGAGGUCAGUGACAUUUAUAUCGAACAACAGCACAUUGGUCAACAACCACAGAAUGAUGUUUGCUAUAUCGUUGCUUCAAACAUGUACCGACGUUUGCAUAUCAUCAUUCAAGAUGUUACCAGCCAGAUUUAUGCCGAUAAACGUUUUAAUAAAGUCCAGACAGGGGGUGGCAUGAGCUAUUCUAUUAGCAUGGAGACUUUAAAGAACAUAGAAAACAAUCUUACAGCCUGGGUCCUAGAUCUACCCGCCCAUUUCACGCUGGGAAAGCAUUUUGAGGAUUCUCAAGCUACAAUGUAUGACCCCCUGGCCACUUGUAACGGGAGAUACUAA